GCGAGAGAGCGAGAGCGAGAGAGAGAACGAGCGCGAGAGAGAGAGAGAGGGAGGGGGGGCAAACGAGCCAUUUCCAUAAGGAGGAAGCCAGAAGCACACAGAGAAUAUGUGUGCGUGUAUGUGAGAACACGCUGCGCAUGUGUGACUGUUUGUGUAUGCACAGAGGCACAUUGACUGGAGCGGAGACGGAGGAAGAGAGAGGGAGCAGGGGCAAUGAACAGCUGCUGAGACAGAGGAGCGAUAACAACCGACACGAAAAGCAAAGAGGGAUAUAUUGGUUGAGAUGAAGGCUGGAGGCUUGUAACACAAAAAAAGGCAAGAGAGAGAGACAGAGACAGAGAGAGAGACAGAAAGAGCGAGAGAGAGAGAGCAAUAUAGCGCGAGAGAGAGGGAGCGAGAGAGAGGGAGCGAGGGAGAGAGAGAGAGAGAGAGAGAGAGAAGAAUCAGCACAGGAGCUCUGGUCAAUAAACAUUUAACCUGGCUAAUUUGACUGUCUGAAGGAGAGAUUGAGGAAAAGGACGGAUGGAGAAGGAGAUACCAGAGGGAGCCAGUCAAACACAGUGCGGAGGAGAAGAAUCACCGGCGGGAUAGUGAAGGACACAUUCAAAACAGAGGAGAGCGGUGCGAGAGAAGCAGAGAAGAGGCGCUCCAUCAGUGAGGCUGAAGAUGUGACGCAUCCACCCUCUGACAGCUUCCUCCAUCUUACCUUGCUUCCAUCUUUUCCUCCUAUCAGCCCUAUUAACUCUCCAUCCUCCCGCGACCUCAUGGACAGGAGUGUGUACCAAUCAGCCAUCGAUUCCUGCAAAGCACCCUGCUUCUAGAUAACAGAGAGGCGGGCGUCAUUUACAUGAUCUCGGCAAGAGCAAGGCUCGGACCCGAGAGCAAGAAGAGGCGUAGGGACCGAUGAGACACGCGCUUGCGGGCACCCAGGUAGCCGAAGACAGACGAGGGUGGAGACAUUCCUUACACCGUACUCACCCGUCGGGCUCGAGUAGGAGGACGCCAUCUGAACGCGGGCACCUUUGUCACUCCUUCCUCUGAGGAGUUCAUAAGACGUGGAGCGAGGGAGUCACUCACUGGAACAUUCAGAACACCUCCCCAAAGAGACCUCCGUCUUAUCAGCAGGACACCCAGAGGGUCACAGGUCACCUGACCAUAUUGGACCAGGAGCGGGGACAGAAGACUCUAGGUUAUUCUUUGACGCACACUUGAGGCCACACUUGAGACACCUGAAAAAACAGGAAGGAAGUGCAACCACCUAGAACUCAACGGGGAGGAUGUGAUGAGAGGCCGGUUUUCUUGGUAGAAACGUUUUGCAACGUUUGACAAACCGCAGGUCGCAGUGUUAGACAACAUCUCUUGAAAAUCCACCCUGUAACAAACUCCUUCACUUUGUGAACGCAGAAGUCCACUCAACUCUAACACAUGCUUAUGUAAACACACGUUUAAAUUGUUGAUCGUUUCUCGUUGUGAAUGAGCGUAUCUAUCUACAAGUAACCGUGUUGUCGACCAUUAGAGGCAGUGCAGAAGCACCAGUAUAUGUCAGUAAGGAACAACAAAAUACUUCCUUUAAGUGGCCAACACUGCUUAACUACUGUAAUCCCCAGGGUGGACUUUUACUUCAGUUUGUGCUGCCCUCCCAGGGCUCCCCGGUCUGCCUCCCGCCUGCAAGGUCUCAGGCUGACAGAAAUAGCGGCAACGGGGGUCCUCUGAGGGAAACAUGGACAGAGCUAUCCGACCUCACGUCCCCUCCAAUGGCUGACCGUAAGAGCGUCACACCAGUGCAGAGUCCCACCGCACCCCUGUGCCCGCAUCCAGGCAAGGGUGUCCAGCACUGACUCCGGCCACAGAGCCUCCACUCGGAGACACCGACGUCCAAACGAGCCGAAUGUCCUGCCUCAGGCGCCAGGCUGUAACCAUCCCAAUGGACACCGUCAAGAUCAUCCAGUCUGAGAAGUUCCCCAGGGAGUGCCCCGUGCCCGUCACCCAGCCGCGCUACGCCCCACCACCCAGAGUAGCAUGGGACGGCGGAGGUGAAGGCGAAAUUAUCGUUAACCAGGCCUGUAGCGAUCUGGCCCUUGAGAUGACGGGCACAGCGAUCGCCGCUCCCCGGCCCUUGAUGUCACCUCCCACCCCUGUGAUGCGCAGGGAACAGAGCUUCCUGGCUCAGCGCAAAGCCAGUGCCAAUGAAAUCUGCUACCACCAAUUCCACUACAAGAUGGAGGACGUCAUAGUGAACCAGUAUGUGCUGCGGUCCUCCUCCACCUCCUCCUCCACCUCCUCCUCCUCUUCAGGGCCCGUCAUGCCCUGCGAGCCCUUAGACUGCCCCACCUGCGGGCACACCUACAAUUUUGCAGGAAAGCGUCCGCGCAUCCUCUCAUGCCUGCACUCGGUGUGCGAGGAGUGCCUGCAAAUCCUUUACGAGUCCUGUCCGAAAUACAAGUUCAUCUCCUGCCCCACAUGCCGACGUGAAACGGUGCUAUUCACCGACUAUGGCCUGGCUGCCCUGGCCAUCAACACCAGCAUCCUGAGCCGCUUGCCCUCUGAUCCCAACGGGCCUGUGCAGUGGGGCGGGGAUGCCGACCGCAGUUGCUACCAGACUGUGCGCCAGUACUGCCAGUCAGCCUGCACCUGCCAGAUUGCCAACCCCCUCUCCUCCUGUGGCAUCAUGUAGACAAGGGUCACGAAGGCCCGACUCAACGCUACCCCACUCUUUGUGUUCCGCCCGCUACCCUCUCCGCCAGCCCUUCAGUCUCUCUCAAACCUGAUUCCUCCACAGAUGUAUCUCUAUAUAUUUAAUAGCACAGACGGAUGCUGUGUGGGGCGGAUGGAUCUCGAUGGACAAGUGCAGAUGGGACAAGGAGAAAUAGAGCAAAUUAAUGUAUUUUAUGUACGGACAGAAAUCCUAUUCACCCUCUCUUGUUCGGAUGUGUUUGUCAUUAACAUCUCUUUACAUGGGAAUGCCGGGGGAGGUCCCCUCAACCUAGGUGAAUAAAGAUUAAACAAGU